AUGGUCUUCCGGAUGGCCCGCUUAACACCCCGGCCUGCCCGACUCACACCACGACGUCUUUUGUUCAUCGCAUCGGCAGGUGUGCUCUUUGGCGUCCUAUUCUUUAGCUUAGCCCCAAUCACCUCGCCACUUCCGACUUACACAGGACCGCAUGAGGUUGGCAUACUGGAUGUUGAGACCGAGGUCCAAAAGAAAACCAUCCACGAUGCCGUACUGAAAGCAACUGGGGAAAAGGCUUUCGAACUCGAUACACUGGCUAUCACUUUGUACUACCCUUCUUCUUUGCCUUUGGCGUCGCCUAGUCAGCGACCAUGGGCACGACCAUGGCUGCCCCAACCAGUCUCGCUCAUUGGCGAGGGAUAUGCUCGACUUGCUGGCGUGUCGAAACUGUCUUCGGUUUUCACAUUUGCCCUCUGGCUCCUUGGCUCAAGCACCGUCAUCCCGGGUGUCGUUGACGCGCCCAUACUUUCCAGCGCUGAACAGAUAUUAGGGGAAGAUGGUAGUAGCACAGGCGGCUUUGGAAAGCUUAUGGAGGCAGCAGAGCAGGAACAUCAAGAGCUGAAAAGAGGCAACGAUCUCGGAGGGCUGCCUUGUAUGGUUUUCACGCACGGAAUGGCAGGAAUGAGCCAGAGCUAUGCUCACUACCUUGGGAGCAUUGCAAGUCACGGCUAUGUCGUCGCUGCUAUCGAACAUCGUGACGGAAGCGGACCCGGUACUAUUAUUCAUCGUCCUGAUGGGUCGGAACGAAAAGUCUGGCACAUGAAGCUCAAAGACUUAGCAGCUGACCCGCCAAUGACCGACCUAGACCUUAAGGCCGCACAACUCAACUUCCGUGAAGCUGAGAUCAGCGAAACAAUCAAGCUCUUCGCGCAACUCAAUGCAGGUGACGCACCGAUUAUGAACCUCAAGCCUGGCUCACCGCGCAAUGCCUUACCUGGUUUCAAGAACCGUCUCAAUCUGUCUGCAGUCACAGUCGGAGGCCACUCAUAUGGCGCGACAGGCGUGAUGCAAGCGCUCAAAUCUGCUGGCUCAAAGGAAAUGCCCAUUAACGGCGGUGUUGCAUUAGAUCCUGGAAAGGGAUCAGGACCACUCAACAAAGAUAUAGACGUACCAAUACUUGUAAUGCAGAGUGGAGAGUGGACAGAGAAACAAACAGGUUUCUAUGGACAGGGAUGGCAUUUUAAUGUCGUCAAGGAGAUCAUCGAGAAUGUAAAAGAGGGAUGGUUUAUGACCUUGAUGGGCACCGCUCAUCCGUCUUGUACUGAUGCGCCUCUCAUCGUUCCCUGGAUCAUGAAGUUGGUCACUGGUACAACGCUGAACAGCAAGGAUGCGCUUCAUGAGUACAUCGACACAUCGGUUGCCUUCCUGGAGUACCUGCGAACAGGCGAGAAGAAGGGCGUUAUAGAGAGUGGUGUCACGAACGACGAAGGGCCUUUCCAUCGCGUAACACCACGCAAAACGGUCAAGGGCCCGCAUGGCGCUGACUGGGAAGUUCACGUUGUGCCUAACGCGGAGUAG